AUGGGUGGGUGUAUGAGCUCCAACAGUGAGGAGGCGGAACAGAAGAAGAAGAGAUCUGGCGAAAGUGGCAAGUCUACUAUCGUCAAGCAGAUGAAAAUCAUCCAUCUUAAGGGAUAUUCAGAAGAUGAAUUGUAUAAUUAUCGACCCACCGUGUUCAAGAAUCUUGUCGAAUGCGCCAAGGCCGUCAUCACCGCCAUGCAACAAUUCGACAUUGUGCCGCAGUUCGAAGACAAUAAGCGACAUAUUGAUUACUUGAUGGAAUAUCAAGCUGAAUCCGGCCCGCAAGCACACAUUGACCCCCAAGUCGGCGUAGCUAUCCAAUCACUGUGGGCCGACCCGGCGAGUGAACGUUUGAUGGAGCACCAGACCGAGUUCUAUUUAAUGGAUUCCGCGGAAUACUUCUUCCAAGAAGUGUUACGAAUCGUUGCGCCCGACUACCUGCCGAACGAAAUGGAUGUGCUGCGAGCUCGCACUAAGACCACUGGCAUAUACGAAACGAGAUUUCAAAUGGGCCAGUUGAGUAUCCAUAUGUUCGAUGUCGGUGGGCAACGAAGCGAAAGAAAGAAGUGGAUACACUGUUUUGAGAAUGUUACGUCAAUCAUUUUCUGCGUCGCUCUUUCCGAGUAUGACCAAGUUCUCCUUGAGGAGAGCAGCCAGAACCGUAUGAUGGAAAGUUUGUUGCUGUUUGAUUCCGUGGUGAAUUCGCGCUGGUUCAUGAGGACCAGUAUCAUUUUGUUCCUCAACAAGGUUGAUAUUUUCAAGCUCAAGUUGACACGAUCACCAUUGGGAAAUUAUUUUCCAGACUAUUCUGGAGGAAAUGACGUAAACAAGGCCGCAAAGUAUCUGUUGUGGCGAUUCAAUCAAGUGAAUCGAGCACAUCUGAAUCUAUAUCCUCACUUGACGCAAGCUACGGAUACCUCAAAUAUUCGACUCGUCUUUGCGGCUGUCAAAGAAACAAUCUUAAACAAUGCUCUGAAGGACUCAGGUAUCCUAUGA